AUGAACCUCAGUUCGUUAGGCAAGGCAGAUCUGAUUUUGAUUUGCGAGGAACUGGGUGUGGAGGGGGUGAGAAACAAAACGAAGGCGCUCAUCAUUGAGGCCAUCAAAGCCACGGGAGCAGAUGCGGAUGAGCUUGCGGAGAGUUUGGACUUAGCUAAGGACAGACAAAGAGAGGAGCUCGAAAAGAGGGAGCGAAGCGACCGCAUUCGUCGCGAGGAGCUCGAGCUUGAGCUAAAGAGGCAACAGCAGGAAAUAGAGCUCAAGAAACUAGAUCUCGAGUUAAAGAAAUCUCCAUCGGACGACGGAAGAGGAGCGGGCUCUGGCGGCGGAGACAGGAUAUCCUUCAAGAUGAAAAACCUUAUGCAGCCCCAUAAGGUAGGAGAGGAUAUUGGCCUGUUUCUGGUCAAUUUCGAGCGGACUUGCGAGAAGCUAGCGUUCGCUCGUAAUACCUGGCCGCAGAGACUGCUAACCCUGUUGCCGUGUCAAGCAGCCGACGUCGUAGCGCGGCUCUCAAAGGAGGACGCUGAGUGCUACGACGUGGUGAAGUCGAAUCUCCUUAAGAGAUACCGUCUUUCCACGGAGGCGUUCCGGCUGCGCUUUCGACAGGCCAAAAAGGGGAAGGACGAAUCAUACCUCGAGUUUGCGUAUGACCUAAAGGCCAAUCUCAUUGAAUGGCUAAAGAGUGCUGAAGUAUUCGACAAUCUCGAGAGUGUGGUGGAGUGCUUCUGCUUGGAGCAGUUUUAUCGCUCCAUCCCUGAGCAGACGCGACUCUGGAUCCUCGACCAGAGGGAAGUAAAAACAGCCCAGAGGGCAGCAGAGCUGGCGGAGGAGUACGCGGUACGCAGAAACCUUCGCGAGGAGGACCGCUAUGGUUCGGGUCGCCGGGACACAGAGCCACAAGGCUAUUCACGAAAAGGAAAAUUCGGAGAACGAGAAAAUCUCACAAAGGAGGCUGCGCCCGAAACCCAAGGUAACGAAAGGGGGAGUCGUCCUAAUGAGGAACAUCAAGCGAUCAAGGAGAGUUCGGGCACAAAGCCUGAACAAAAGACGGCGUUCGAAGCCAAGAAGCCGAUGGUGUGCUUCAAGUGUCAAAAACCGGGGCAUAUCGCGGCCGGAUGUAGGUCUCCCAACGUCGUGUUUUCCUACAUAAGUGAGAACGAGGAAAACCGGCGGCUGCUGGAGCCGUACUUGAGCGACCUGACUGUGAACGGGAAAGCGUGCAAAGUUCUCCGAGACUCGGCUGCCACAAUGGACGUGAUCCACCCAACCUACGUAGACCCCAACGGGUACACAGGGGGUUAUGCGUGGAUCAGGCAGGUAGUCGAGGAGCACAGUGUGUGCCUCCCGGUCGCCCGAGUUUGCAUAGAGGGUCCGUUCGGUACGCUCCACACCGAGGCUGCGGUGUCCAGCAGCCUGCCGCUUCAUUACCCCUACAUCUUCUCAAACAAGUCUGAUCAGAUGCUCCGACAGAAGGGUCUUAGCUUUUCAGUGGGUUCUGUUCAAGCUCUAACUCGCUCUAAGGCACGGGACCUUGCUACAAAAUUUCAGUACGAAUUAAAGUGCUCGGAUUCGGCUGAGACGGCGUGUAAAGAAGUUACCGACGAAAAAACUAAGGAUCAGGCGGACAGUGCUCAGGCACCUGUAAGGGAGACUGAUCCCGAGAUCACGGAGGCUGAGCCAAGCGCGGCAGAAGACGCUCAGCAUCUCGCAGGGGAGCUGGAGCCAGAGGGAAUCGCCUUGACACUGGCGUCAGCUAGUUUUCAGAGGCUCUUGAGCGUCGAGCGAUCAACUUUGAUCGCAGAGCAGGAGGGGGAUCAUUCGCUCCAAAACUUGAAUGAGUGUUGCCAGGAAGGCCUAGCUCGGAAGAACGUUAUGUUCCGCAAGCGAUCGGGUGUCUUGUACCGAAAGUAUCGAGACCGCAAAGGGGUACAAUUUGGUCAACUUGUCGUGCCAAGCAGGUACCGACGAGACCUUCUCCACCUGUCCCACGGCGGCUCGUGGUCUGGCCAUUUGGGGAUCAAAAAGGCGAAGGCACGCUUGUUGCAGGAAUAUUACUGGUCUGCUACGUUGCCGGGACGAGGUUUACCAUUGAAACAGACCGUUGUCCUCUCACCUGGCUAA